AUUGUGCUUAUUAGUUACUUUUCUCAUAGUUGUUUUUACGGUUUUUGUUUACAUUGUUUCUAAUGUUUUGGAAGUCACUUUGGAGAAAAGGGUCUGCUAAAUACCUCAACUAUAAUUUUAACUGGAGUCAAAAAAAAGGUUCAAUCUCUCAUCUGUUCAAUCUGCUUCAUUGAUUUGUAGGGUAACCAACCAACACCAAAUACAUAGAAAAAGCUGAGCAGCAGCAAUAGGUGGAUGGAAUCAAACCUAUAGUUUAGUUACACCUGCCCAGUGUAGCCCAAUUCAUUAUGUAGACUGUGCUAAAGAUCUUGUUGAUCAUUGUUAAUAUUUGAGCUCAUUAGCCAGUCAAAUUACACCCAUAUCUUCUUACCUACCACUAUAGCAGGAACAGAAGUGAGAAAUGUCAGACCUUGCACCUCCCUUCUGUUCUCCUGAAGCAACAUAUUGAUUAGCAGAAAUUCUUUAUGGCUCAGUCUUAGCCGCUACGAUUCCCAUUUACAUAGCCAAGACUGUAUAUGAACAUAUUUAAUACAGAAUGAGUGGACAGCUACAGGACCAUGAGGAGCAAUUAGCUGAAUUUGACAAAAAGUGUAUUGGAUUAGAAUAGCGGACUUUACCUUUACCACUAACAGUUAUUUAUAUGGAGCUUGUGUAAACAAUGACUAUAAUCAGAAAAAAAAACAUAGUCUAAGAAAUCAAAUAAAUACAAAUAACUCAUUAUUGUACCCAACUGCGACCCGAAUAUAUACAUCUCAUAAACAGCAGAGAGGAUUGCUGUUUGGUUUAUGAGGAAAGGUUACAGGUUGGCAGCAUUUAAAACACUAAGCGAACCACUAACAUAUCAAAUUAUUUUUGCUCCAAUUUCAUCAUAUUCCCACAUAUUCUUUCAGAGUCAUGUUUUCAAUUGUGGUAUGUCCGGGUAUUUCCUAGUGCCAGAUAAUUUAGGUGGGAUCUAUGUCAAUGGUGAUAUAUAUAUGGUUUAUCUGCUGCUUUCACGUGAUGAGCUGCUUUACUUCCGCUUAUGAAAGUGAGAGAACUUUGCUUAGCUAUCCAAUAGAAUCGUGAGAAAUGCACAACGUGAUGUUCCGCCCCUCGCGUAUCAUGUGACUUAGAAAGUGUCUCGGUAUUGAAAAGUCGAUAAAGCCUACAGUGGACUAUUCGUGUGUGCCUACGGUGUAAGAAAAGGGGAUUUGUCAUGGGACGCCUGGAUGGAAAAGUGAUCGUUCUGUCUGCUGCAGCGCAGGGGAUUGGCAGGGCCUCAGCCAUAGCCUUUGCUAAGGAGGGAGCACAAGUAGUUGCUACUGAUAUCAACGAAGAAAAGCUGAAAGAACUUAAUGGUGUUCCAGGAAUUAGGACCAAGGUUGUUGAUGUAACCCGGAGAGACCAAGUUGAGGCUCUUGCUAAGGAGCUUGAUCGUGUGGAUGUGCUGUUCAAUGUUGCUGGCUAUGUCCAUCAUGGCUCUAUUCUGGACACUGAGGAGAAAGAUUGGGACUUUACAAUGAAUGUGAACCUCCGCAGUAUGUUCCUGAUGAUUAAGGCCUUCCUGCCCAAGAUGCUUGCCCAGAAAUCAGGAAAUAUUAUUAACAUGGCAUCGGUGGCCUCCAGUAUCAAAGGUGUAGUGGACAGAUGCGUCUACAGCACCUCUAAGGCGGCAGUCAUUGGACUUACCAAAUCUGUGGCUGCAGACUUUAUUGACAAAGGCAUUCGCUGCAACUGUGUCUGCCCUGGAACUGUGGACACACCAUCGUUGAGGGACAGAAUCCAAGCCAGACCCAAUCCUGAGCAGGCCCUAAAGGACUUCCUUGCCAGACAGAAGACUGGCAGAAUGUGCACUGCUGAGGAAGUGGCCCAUCUGUGUGUAUACUUGGCCUCAGAUGAGUCAGCCUAUGUGACAGGAACUGAACACAUCAUUGAUGGCGGAUGGAGACUCUGAAGACGAGCUGUUUUGCAAUUAAUUGUGUGUACCCUAACUCUUAAACUGUCAUCAACCGUUAUCACUAUCGAGAUAUGUGGUCUUGUGUGAAAAUAAAAUGUGAUCAGUCAAA